ACUUAUCAUGAACGUUUGUAAACAUUGGUAGAGAGACGGAGAGACCAGCUUGGUGCGUGUGGGUCGCUACUGUAUUCCAGACACCUUGCUCCCGCCACUAUGGGCUCCUCCAAGAAGAGCAAAGAUAAAGACCGAGAGAAGACGAGAGAGGAGAGAAGGGAGAAGAAGAAGAAGCGGCGGUCCAGGUCGGGGUCGAGGGAGAGAGAUCGGGAAGGCAAGCACCACCAUAGGCAUCAUCACAAACACAAGAAGCAACGUACCAAGAGGCGAGAGGAUCACUCUCGAUCUGUGUCUCCUAGCUUCAGUGAUGAGUCUCUUUCUGAUGUUGAACAGCUUCUACAGUUAAAAGAUGAUGGCCCUGCACAGCAUGCCUUGCGUGUUCCGCCUCCGCCAAGAAUUUCGGCUCCACUAGCACCAAAACUCUCGGCUCCGCCACCUCCAAAACUUACAGUACCACCGCCUCCAAAGCUUUCAAGGCGGUCUCCUUCUCCCCCGCCUGCACAGCAUUCUGGUGGAGGUGGAGAUAUUUCACUCUCAAUAGAAGAGACAAAUAAGAUUCGGGCUAAGCUUGGGUUAAAACCACUGAAGCUUGAUUCUGCUCCUGCUAAAGACGAUGACAGACCAGAUGUUAUAGAGAUAGAGGAUGAUACUCAGACAAGCAAGCAAGAUGAAUUUGUUCACAAGCCUGCAGAGAGCAUCACCCAAAAGUUACAGGUAGAGAAGCUAAGAGAAAAAAUAGCUGCCCAGAGAGAGAAGCGGCGCAUCAAGGAAAAGUUACAGAAGGUGAAGACUCUGGGCGAAUCUGACAGUGAUGAUGAAUGUGCCUUGGCUUGGGUGAAGAAGUCACGCCAGUUAACAAAGGAAAGAGAAUUGGCAGAAAAAAAGAGCAAGAUGUUGGAGGAGUUGGAUGCUCAGUUUGGCAUCGCAGAUUUAGUAGAGCAAGACAUGACUGAGCAGAAAGUCAAGAAAUACAGCUACAAUGAUUUAUCAGGUCUUCAGGUGCAGCAUGAUUUUUCAAGAUUUGAUACUGGUGGUACAACUAUCUUAACCUUGAAGGAUAGUAAAGUGUUGGAUGGAGAAGAGGAUACACUUAUAAAUGUCAACAUAAUGGAUGAUGAGAGAGCAGAGAGGAAUUUGAAACGAAGAAAAUUAAAGUUAGACGAGUUAGAAUAUGAAGCGCCAGAAGUUGAUGAGUAUGGAAACAUUGUUCAGAGAACGCUUCUUACAAAGUAUGAUGAAGAAAUUGAAGGAGAGAAGAAGCAAAGUUUUCGCUUGGGUGUAGGUGGAGGAGCAUCAGCUUAUGAUGAUGUGCCAGAAGCUGUAAGAAGGAUUGCAAAGUUACGAAAAUUGCAGAAUUUGGAGACUCCACAGGUCCAGUUAGCUUCAGAGUACUUUACUGAAACUGAAAUGGUUAGCUUUCGAAAAGUGAAAAAGACUAAGAAAAAAAAGAAAAAGAAAUUAAGAGCUGAUGAUUUGGAACCUAUUGAAGAAGAGUCUUUAGUUUACCUGGGGUCAAGUACUGCUAGACAAGCCCGGUUAGAAGCCCUAGAAGUCAAUAAUGACAAGGAACGGUUACCUGCUGAUGGACUGGGUACUCCCAGUGCAGGUCGCACACAUUGUCUUAGAGAUUUGCUGGAAGAAGAAGAUGAAAAAGUAAAAAUGGAAGAUGAUGAUGAUGAUGUUGAUGCUGUUGAGAGUGAACAAGAUGAUAUUGAACUCCAAGAAGCAUUAGCAAGGUCAAGGAGGGCCAAGAUUGCCCAGUCUGCACAACCUAGCAGUGAGAAAAUUCUAGACUUGUUAAAGGAAAAACCUAUAAAAAAGGAAGAAACAGAAGAGGUCAUGGAAGAAGAUGGAGCCGGACUUGUCAUGACGCUCAACACCACUGAUGAAUUUUGCCGCACUUUAGGGGAUCUUCCUACUUAUGGUCUUUCUGGUAAUCGAGCAGAUGAUGAGCAAACAAUGUUGCAGCUACAGCAACCUAAGGAGAAGGAAGCUCAGGAGCCUCGUGGAGCAUGGGAGGAAGUGGGGAUUGACGACACGCGAGUGGAGAUCAGUGAUAGCAUGACCGUUCCCAUCCUAGAGGAGGAACCCGAUGCCAGUAAGGGAGUUGCUAAUGCCCUCAAACUGGCCCUUAAGAAGGGCUACUUAGAGAAAACAAACGUAACUAAAUCUGCUAAUGCUGCCUUGCAGCAUCUGAGAGCCGUGCAUUACAGCAUAGAGGAUAAAGCAGUGGAUGAUGAGCGUGGUCGAGGCCGUGGAGAACGGUACAUGGGGCCAGUCACAGACUUUAAAGACAAGGACAACUACAAACCUGACGUCAAGCUGGAAUAUGUAGAUGAUGAAGGUCGCAAGCUAAAUGCAAAGGAGGCAUUCAGAUAUUUAUCUCACAAGUUCCAUGGGAAAGGUUCGGGUAAAAAUAAGACAGAAAAACGGAUGAAAAAAUGGAAUGAGGAGCUGCUAAUGAAGCACAUGAGCUCAUCAGAUACACCACUUCAGACACUAGAGAGACAGAGGGAGAAACAGAAACAGCUUGGAGCUGCAUAUCUUGUUCUCUCUGGAAGUAAGACUCAAGAGUCAAUGGAUGUCAAAAAGUGAAGUGGUAAUUUGUUCUGAUUUAAAUUUUAAUAUGCUUUCUAAAUCAUAUUGAAAUUGUAUAACAUGUUAAAUGUGUAUACAGUACCUUUGAGUCAUGUGAUGUAUGUAACUUUAAUUACUUUCUUCAGUGUGAGAUUUUUGACCCUUCAUGCUAAUCGUAUUUUGAUAUCUGUAUAUUAUUAUAAUGCUAAAUGCUUUUUGUUGGUUUAAA